AUGUUGGAGGAGCUCACUCCAUGGGAGCCGCAAACUCGCAUAUCGAACUGCAUCGAGAUUGACGACCUUUGUGUCUCAUUCGAGCGUACCACCCGCGUCCCCGACAAUGGAUCCCUCAACUGCCUUCCUCCUUCGCUGGGAGAGUUUCCUUUGUUCAAGACUGACGACGUUGGCGAUAAACUUCCUGUGAGCAUGGCCGAGAAAGGCGGGGUCUUCAUCCCCAUGUAUCAGCACGAAGGCAUGUGUAUCAGUUUUGAGUCUGAGAAGCGAUAUGCGAUCAAGAUCUUCGCUGGAAACGUCAACGUCAUCUCCGGUGAACCUCGGAUCCCGGAUGCUGCGUUGGUUCAUCGACGUCCGGGGCUCUCCUCACAAAAGAAAUUCAUUCAAGACUACGUCGUCACCCCUCCUCAGCCGCGGAUCGAUGGCGUGGUUACCAAGACUCAAGAGGUUCGGCAGUUUGUCGCCAUGCCUGUUGGAAGUGGCCACUCUGUCGAGGCACAAAUGACUGACGAAAGACACACCGCAUGUCUUCAGUUCGAGGUCACUCGACUUGAUAGUCACGAAGAUGAGGAGCGAGCCAUCAACAUCAUUGUCAGGGCACUGACCGGCAAGCCCUUUGCGAUGAAGAUCUCUAACCAUGCCUUUAUCAAGGAUAUCUCACAGAAGCUUCAUGAUCUCGAAGGUUUUCCUGUUGAUAAGCAGCGACUGAUCUUUAGAGGGGAAAUGCUUGAGGGUUGUCUCCUCCUUAGCGACUAUGGUAUCGAAGAGGGCUCAACUCUAUACCUCGCACUCAGGCUUUCUUGUGUUCAUCAACUUCGCGGGGUUAAAUGUUCGUGUCCUCCUCCUAAGUGCACUGCGCUCAAGCCCGGGACUGGAGAGGCUUUUGGCCUUGGUGGUGCUAUCCGCCAAAACAUUGUCGACAUCCCCAAGGGACUAUUUCAAGAGUCAAUCGCGAUCUCUUUUAAUGUUCAAAUCAUCAACAGCGCCAUUUUCACUGCCAUCACUGGUCGCGAUCUGCCUUCCACUCCUGUCCUAGCAUAG